ACAUAGGGCACGAGCAGAAGGCAGGAGGAGGCAGAGCACGUCCAUGUCUUAAAUUCAAAGUAUUUUAAGCCUUCUUUCUCUCUGUCCCGACACCAUGGCUGCUUGCCUGAGGUCCCUGAGGUACGGACUGCCCCCGAGAGUGCCUGGGAGCGGGAAUUCUGUCCGAGGAAGUGCUGAAGGAGGGAGAUUGCUGACCCGGGCCGCUGCAGGAGGGUACCGAGUGCAGGAAAGUGUGCAAAGUGCACCUUGCACACCUCUUCACCAGAGCAGCAAAUCAUGGAAUCUGAUCCAACAGCAGCAGCACUUGGAAGAAGGAUCAUUCUCAUCCCCAGACUUAGCUCUUGGCGAAUCACCAAUCACGAUGUUGGAAGUGUCUGAUUGGUUACAUAAAUUACAGGCCGAACCGGUGGGCCUGGACGUGACCAGUGUAUUUCGAUACAGCAAUGCAGUUGGAGAACAUUUCCAUUCGUUUGACCCCUUAGGUGUUGGCAUCAGUCCUGUUUCUCAAAGUGUAGAUGAAAUUCAGAUGAAUAUAUGUACUGCAGUAGUUUGCCACGAUGACAACACCAGCGUAAGAACGUUCCAGCUCCCUCCAAAUGCUCUCUGGUACCCUCUAGGAUCCAAGCAAGAAGGAGAUAAAGUAGUUUGCUCAUUGAAAUACAGUCCAUUAGAAGAUAAAGUUUUUGAGGAAUUAUCUCCAUCGAUGCAUUAUUUCGAUCGAGAAGUCCCAUUACAAGUUGUGGACACUUCGCCAACACCUGUGCAGCUCCAAAAAACUGCAAAAGAAGAUACUCUGUUUGUUAGUGACAUGACUCAAGAAAAUACUGUCUACUGCACUGACAGGAGUCCCAGUCAGUCAGACUCUAAGAUGAUGGAUCCUUCAGGAAAGCCAAGCAUGGAGCAGCUCACAAAUAUUUUUGAUGUUCUUGGUGAAACGUUGCCAAAAUUGUUUAUCCAACCAAUGGACUACAAAAUAUAUUCUCAAGACAUUGUUUUUGAGAACCGAAUCAGAGGGACUGUCACCACAGGUUUGAUGGCUUAUGUGAAACAAGUUGCACUUCUUCGAACAGUUGGCCAUUUGAAGUUCGCUUUUGUCAAGUUUGAAAUCCUGAAGAUGACUAAGCAUCCUGAGGAUGGAACAGUCAGAGUGCGUUGGAGAAUAAAAGGGCUCUCUGGGUUAAAGGCUAUGCUACAGUUUUGGAAGAUCAAGUUGUGGAACUGGAAAGGCGUCGUUGAUCAGAUGGAAAAUUGGUACGAUGGCUUCUCCACUUUUUACGUUGGUGGAGAUGGUCUCGUUCACAAACAUGUUGCUGACAGUAUGAUGCCAGAUGAAGAGCAGUUAGUGCAGAAAGGUCCGUUAGCUGCCAAGAUGGCGCUCCUACUUGGCCUCACGCACCGACCAAAUUUAGGGGAUGCAAACAGCAUGAUGCCCUUUGAUCUUACAUCAGUUUCUUCGGCACACAAGGAAGAGGAGGCAGAUAGUUAUUUACAGUUAAUGCUACCUCUGGAGAAGAUAUACUAAACAUGGAAAAUUAGACUUUAUAUAUGUAUAACUGUGUGUGUGUGUGUGUGUGUGUGUGUGUGUGUGUGUGUGUGUGUGUGUGUGUGUGUGUGUGUGUGUGUGUGUGUGUGUGUGUGUGUGUGUGUGUGUGUGCGCGCGUGUGUGCGCGUGUCUGCGUGCUUGCGUGCAUGCGCACUGUAUGUAUGUAUGUAUACAUACGUAUGCAUACAUUCACUUAUGUAUACAAAUAUAUAUAUUUAAUGUGUAUGUUUGUAUAUUAUUAUUAUUAUUAUUAUUUUUUUUUCAACUUUUGUAUAUAAAAAGGAAAUGAUAGUUGCAUCAAUAACCAUUCUUCUUAUCGCUUAAUUUUUUUCAUUCUCUCUUUCUUCAUUUCAUAAGAGUUAAAAACUAUAUACCACAUUGUUCACAUGUUAUUCUGUUACAAGGAAAAAGGAGCUGGAUUGUCUGUAGUAACAGCAAUAUACGUUGAGUAAGUGACGAUGGUUCUUAUUUUGCUGACCAAUAUCAGAUGGAGUCGUGAUGAGUGUGACCAACUGGAGAAUGUAACGAGGACAGUUAAGACCAGCUGGUGCCCGCUAGGUGUAUCAAAGACACCAGAUGGUGUUGUGGGAUGCGCACAGCCUUAGAGCUUCUUCAACGGGCAAAUCAUUUGAAGCACAAAUAAUGCAAGUUGGCAUCUAUAAAGAUAUUAAGCCCUUUCUGUUAAUGAGGGUUUGAUAUAUAUUUAGUGGCUACAUCCAUAGAACUUGAUCUGUGUGGUUCCUAUCUUCCUCCAGUGUUUGAGUCACAUGGUUUUUCUGUUUAGUGAUUAACCAGCCCUUUAAGAGAAGUGUUUAUUUUUAAUUUUUUUACUUUGUCAUGUUUUAUUUAUUUUUUAUUUAUUUAUUUAUUUAUUUUGCUUUUUUCAUGUAAUUUGGUUUUAAUUUUCAUUUUGGUUUGACUUCAUUUUACUGUUAUUAUUUCAUUGCAAAAUUUAAAUCUUAAAUCUGGAGUUCUCUGAUUGUUGACUGCUGAUCUUUCUUUUCCAGCCCUAAAAUGAUUAAUUAUUAUUAUUAUUAUUAUUAUUAUUAUUAUUAUUAUUAUUAUUAUUAUUAUUAUUAUUAUUAUUAUUAUUACUACUACUACUAUCAUUUAUCAUUAUCAUAAUAAUAAUAAUAGUAAUAAUAAUAAUAAUAAUAAUAAUAAUAAUAAUAAUAAUAAUAAUAAUAAUAAUAAUAAUAAUGAUAAUAAUAAUAAAUCAUUUUAAGGCUGGAAAAGUCAACAAUCAGAGAACUCCAGAUUUAAGAUUUAAAUUUUGUAAUGACGCUGUUUUCAUGAUAAUAUGAAAGGGAGAGUACUGUGAGUUCAUAGCUUGUUCUUAUGUUGUUACAGGAAAUAGCGUUUAUGAUCAUGUGUUUAAUUCUUUAUUAAUAUAUAUAUAUUUUGUUUUUUUAUUAUUUUUUACUACUGGGGAAAUGCUGGCCAUGCAGCCAUAACAGUGAAAUGAACCUUGACCAUGUGUAGAAGUAUACAUAUUUAAAACAUACUAAGUGGAUGACACGCUUAUUAUAUCCAUUACUUUUUUGUACAGUUGGCAGUUUUAGAGUGGAGUAAGAGAAAUAUAGGAAUGAAACUAUACAUAUUUUUUUGUCUUUAUAUGUGUAUUAUAAUUUAUUUCUUUUGUGACAGCUUCAGUAUUUGCCAGUGUCCUUGCUUAUCAUUUUAUGGACAAACAAAACUCAAAUGAAGAGAAAGAGCAAUGUAAUGAGAAAUGCAUACAUGCAAGAGCUAUAGAGCAGUAAAUACAACUCCAUUUGUAAUUUAAUUUCCACCAGAAAAUUGACAUUGCUACCUUACAGGUGGGAAAUGUCUGUAUUUCUGACUGUAACCGAAUGCUACAUUCCUAACACUACAACUUCUGUUUCCUUGCCUAUAGUUAUAUCGCAUCAGACAGCCAACAUAGUGUCUUAGAAGGGUGUUCAGGAUUGCUUAACUCAAUUGACCUUUACAGGUGACUGUUGAUAUUGAUAAUAAUGCCCCUCCACAUGUGUCAUUUUAACAUGCUGUGACUAUAAUUACACUUUGUAGUAUUGACCAAGAAAAAUGGCAACUCUUCAGGUGCUGCUUAACCUUUUGUCAUUGGAUGAGAGGUUUUGAUUGUUUGUGUGACGUAUUAUACUUUCUUAAAAAAAAAAAGAAUAGUAAUGGCUGUGAUCAGAGUUGCAAAGGGUGGACAAAGAUUAAGUACUCAUAUUGUUUGGCACCCAGCUCUUCCUGUCUUUGUCAAUAAAAUAUGAAUAUUAACAGUAGAGUAGGAAUCCAAUUGCAGUCCUUACCAAUAUAGAACUGUUAUUACUUCAGUUAUUUCUUUGCUUGUUGUGUAUAACUGUAGCAGCUAGUAAAGGUAUAAGACUUUUAACAAAAAAAGCAGUUGAUGUAAAUGUAUGAUAUUGUGAGUUGCAGGAAUUCUGAAAACAUUGAUAGUGUCCCUUGUUGAUUUUGUGUGUAUAAAGUGUAUAUACUUAUUGAAAAUCAGAUUUAUUUAAUAUUUUAUGUAUAUAUUUAAUGAGUUGUACAUAAAUUAAGGUGUAAUAAAAAGUUAUUGACAUUUAA